AGUAGCACCUGCGGCAAUCAGUUAGCAGCAAAACUCUCAGCCUCAGGGUCACCAUCAAAAAAAAAGACUCGAUGGAGAAGCUGGCUGUGUUCCCUCUCUUGAUUGUUGCCUAUGCAUUUGUAACUCAUGAAGGUGAUUGUUUUGAAAUUGUUGGUGGAAGAGAGGUCCUGCCUCACUCAAGACCCUACAUGGCUUACCUUAAUACAUUGUGUGGCGGAGCUUUGAUUAAACCAAACUGGGUGCUGUCGGCGGCACACUGCAAAAAACUGAAAACUAUUCAAGUAACACUCGGAGCUCAUUCACGAAAGGACAAUGAAAACACCAAACAGAAAUUUCAAGUGAAGACAGUUGUUGUCCAUCCUCACUUUAACUUUGCAACAUAUUCCAAUGAUCUCAUGCUCCUUCAGCUGAACCAAAGUGCGAUCUUGAACAAAUUUGUUUCAACUCUUCCACUACCCCAUUCUGGAAAAGAUGUCAGAGCAGGAAUCAAAUGCAGUGUUGCAGGAUGGGGUGCUGUCAGGUUUGGCAACCAAAUGGAAGACAAACUGCGAGAAGUAAAUGUAACCGUCAUAGACAGACAAACAUGCAAUGGCCCCGAUUACUAUGAACAAAUUGAAAUAUCAAGGAGCAUGCUGUGUGCUGGAGACCCUAAAGGAGGAAAAGACUCCUGCUGGGGAGAUUCAGGAAGCCCUUUGCUGUGUUACGAAGGCUGUGAUUUGAUCUAUCGAGGGAUUGUCUCCUUUGGUAUAAAUUGUGGAGUGGCUCAUAAACCAGGCGUGUACACACUCCUUACAGAAGAAUAUCUCAGGUGGAUUCAACAAACGAUUCAGCAUUACGAAUGAUGACAUAUUUCUAUCAUUUCUUUACAAAUUCAUGUACUGACUUUCUGAGAUCCUCUGCUUACCUGAAGUUUGUGCCAUCUUAUAUGAUUUAAUAA